AAGUGGCUCAGAUGCUGAGCAGUCAGUCGGACCUCCUCCAUCUCUCAGCUGUGAGCGUUUCACAACUACUGUACAAACAUUAUGUUCAUGUAAAAAUAAACAGAACGUGAGCAGAAAGAAGUAAAGGAUGAACAAAGACGGYGAGAAAGGCGCAAAGACAGCGCUCCGCAGCCAGAAACAAGCCAGGACUCAGCAGCAGGUUUUGGUUCAGAAGAAGAAAAAGGAUCCGUCUGUUAAAGACGCACAGAGCGGCUCCUCUGUAAAGGAGACCCGGUCGGAUCAGUGGACCUACACAGGGGAUCCCAAACCAGCGGGACAGCAGGGAAAGCGCGCGGCCAAAGCGUCUCCGACUGUGAGCGGCUCGGAGGGCCAGAGGAGCCCCGGCGCGCGGAGGAAACUGUCKGACGCCAGCAUCGCCUCGGAGGACCUGAGCAAAGACUCCGGCUGUCCGUCCGGGAAACUCUCCUCCUCGGACAGCAGCUCGGAAAUCUCCGACUGCGCCUCCGACAAACGCGACUCACCGAGCAGCGACACCGACCUCAGCUGGAUCCACGGCGGGGCUUAUGUGACCCCGAACAGCAGCGGAGCUCCGUGCGUAAAACCUGCGCCAGAUCCCUGCGCGCUGCAGCCGGAAGAUGCUGCUGCUGCGGGGGGCUUCGGUCUGAUCAAACCCGCCUUUAUGGAUCUCAUGAUGGGGGAGACAACCGAGGAGCUGCUGAGGGAGGUGGAGGACCUGAGGUCAGAAAACGAGUACCUGAAAGAUGAGGUGGAGGAGCUGCGCUGCGAGGUGCUGGAGAUGCGCGACCUGUUCCAGGAGGAUGAGGUGUUCCAGCUGCAGGAGCUGCGGCUGCAGCUGGAGCAGGCCAAGAAGACGUGUCGCAUCCUGCAGUACCGCCUCCGCAAGGCCGAGCGCCGCAGCAUCCGAGUGGCUCAGACCGGACAGGUGGACGGGGAGCUGGUCCGGAGCCUGGAGCACGACAUUAAGGUUGCAAAGAGCGUGUUCCUCCGCCUGUACAAUGAGCUGGAGGUGGUGCAGAAGAAGAAUUCCCAGCUGGAGUGGGAGAACGAGGCGCUGAGGGAGAAGACUCAGGAGCUGGAAGUGGCCAGGGAGGUCUUACAGAGCGAGGUGGAGAAAAUCAGAGAGAGCUCAACGAAGAAGAGAAGCAUCAGAUCGACAGCCAGUAAGGCAGAGAAGAGGCUUUCUCAGCAGAUGGAGGACGACAGCGCUGAUCUGAAGUGCCAACUCCACUUUGCCAAAGAAGAACUGGCUCUCAUGUGCAAGAAGCUCACCAAGCUGGUGUCGGAGAGCGAGGCCACACGCGAGGAGCUGGCUAAGUACCAGUCGACGUUCGGCGACGUGGACGCCGCCCAGUGGCCUGAAGGCAAACAGAGCUCCGCCCACACCAGGGAGUCGGAGGUCAAAGUUCACCUGAAACUGGUGGAAGAGGAGGCCACCCUUCUGAGCCGGCGCAUCGUUGAGCUGGAGGUGGAGAACCGCGGGCUGCGAGCAGAGAUGAGUGACCUCAGAGAGAAAUCGGGAGGAGGAGGAGAAGAGGAAGAUGUUUUGGAGGAAAGUCUCCUGCUGGCCUCGGGGAUGACGGAUGGAGAGGGCAGCCUGAGACCUACAGUCUACCUGCAGCGACAGGUUGAAGAGUCAGGGAAGAAAAACGCUGAUGCUGAGAGAUCUUCGCUGGCACAGAGCAGCCGGGUGAUUCCUGAGUGUCAGAUCGUCAGAGAAGGUCCUGUGGGGGGCGAGCGGGACCCUUCAAACUGUCAGGAGAACGACGACAACAAAAAACCUGACAGAGGACUGAAAGGGAUGACUGCAGUCGACCAUGACUUUCUUCUUGCUCUCAGAGAUCAGUCCUGCAUUUUGACUUCAGCCAUCCAGCUUCUGACAACCUCCUCCAGAACUGAACACAGCCCCCCUCCCUCAGCUGCUCUCACCUCUCCGACUGACGGCAUCUCAAACGGCAAAUCGCAGAUGUCUCUAACCGAGGCUUUAGACCUCCUGCAGGUCAUGCUGCUGGCCUUCAUUGGGAAGAUGAACUUGUGUUUGGCAGGAGAGGAGGAAUACAGAAAUGGUGUUCACAGACAGGAGUAUACGUUGGAUUUGUGCACGCCCUCGUUUCUUUGUGCAAAUAAUAACAACAUCGAGGGGCUGAAAAUUAAAAAGGAGCACCUCGAAGAGAAGCAGACAACAAAACAAGUGAAACAAUGUGACACCGUAAACAGCUGCAAGGAUCCAAAAAUGCAACUGUCGCUACAGAUACUUUGGAUCCUUCACCGGUGGUGUAAYGUCAAAGAAAAGCAGGGCAGAGACCAAACUCUGUCUGUGCUGCUCGGGUUGCUGAGAGAUCUCAGCGCAGAGCUGCGAGAUGACAGCGAGGCCGGAGCCGAGAGCUGCAUCAGUGGUGAUUUUCAUGAUGGACAGCUCUAUGACGGGCUCAGAAUCUGCAGCGCCAAAGAAAACCAACUCAGACGGCUGUUUUCUCCUCGUGGCUCCAAAAUCAGAAACUGGUGCUAUCUGAGCCAGGAGGCUGCCCAGCUGGACCGAGAGGACCCCUUUAAGACGUGGGACCAUCUAAUCAUGCCGCUUAGCUUCCCUGAUCUGGACUUUGAGCAGAUUUCGAUGGAGAGGAGCCACACUGCCCCCGAGAAGUCGGCCUUCAGGAUCUACUACAGCCCCCCGUCAGCCCGCAGGGUCCAGCUGGCUCAGCUGAAGCGGAGACCCAGGACAGACCAAGAGUCCGUGGACACCUUCUCCCCUUGGUGCACGCCUCCCACCUCCUUCUCUCAGCUCUGCCUCGGCUCCUCUGCUAACCUCAGCGAUGACAUGAAGGAGAUGAACGCCAGCUGGAGGCAGGCGGCCCACGGCGGCCCACAGGAGAAGAGGGGGAGGACAGCGGGCCGCUGGGUGGACGUGACCUGCUCAGGUACUCAGACCCACCUGAAGCCUCAGAUGGUGAGCGUUGGUCAGCAGACCGAUGGGACUCAGGGGUCCAUCGCGAUGAAGAACAGCCCCUCCAGAGUCCCGAGCUCCUCCCUGGUCUCUGCCCGCUCUCGCCACAUCUCCACCUCUCUGGAUGGGUUAGCAGGUCGGAUGGAGAGGCCCAGAACCUCCAGCUCCUCUCCUAAACUGUACCGCAGACACUCCUCCAGCACGACCUCCUCUUCGCCUGCUCUGAGAGACCGAGCACCGUGGUCGCACCAGAGCUACUCUGGCCUCGCCUGGACUCGACAAGCCAGCCCCAGAUCAGGUGCGGCUCAGACCCACGGUUCUGCGAGUGGACCCAAGACAUCCAGCAAGUCCACCGGCGCCAACCGCUGCGGUCUAGUGACAGAGUUCCUGCGCAGGAUGAGUGGGCGGGCGGACAAAGCCGCUCCGGGGUCAGCGCAGAAGGCCAAAAGCGGCCUGAAGAACCUGGAGCGCGUUCCCAUGAGACCUCAGGUCCCUCAGCUGCACAGGAAUGACAGCGUGACCCGGAUCGUCAACCAGAGGUUCAUGAAGCAGAGGGAGGAGAGCGCUCGAGUCCAGAGAGAGGAGAAGAGGAGCAACCUGACCCCCAGAGUCCGACACAGUCAGAGUACCAUCCCAGCAGAGGAUGGAAACUACGACUGCAGCUCCAGCAGCACGCUGACCUUCUGCUUCUCCCGUCGCUCGAGUCAAAGACAAACAUCCAACCUGGGAAAGCUCCACCAACACAGAUACAUGAGCCAAGACUCCAGCUGUGGCUGACAGGAGAGAAAAGGRCAGAUUUUACUCCAACAUCAUCAGAUAAAAAGAGGGAUUUUAAUUUGUAACGUCAGAUUCAAUGUGUCAUGUUUAGUGCAGCUUUGUUUUUUUUUUGUGCAACAAAAACACAUCAUUUUCUUUUACAAACGAGCGUCACCUUUAUUUCAUUUACUUGUGAUUCAUUUUCUACUUCCUGUAUCGUAUUCUGCUGAAAAUAAACUUGCUUUGAUCAAUAAAUUCUGUUCAAAGCUUCA